CUUUUCUGAUUUACCAGUUGUUCCAAUUAAGCUUUCAACUGCCGAAGAGUUUCUCAAGGAAAACAUAAUUACGAAUGGUAAACAAUUCUUUAAGCUUACUCAAGGAAACAACUAUAUGAAUUAUGAAGGCCCGCUUUUGCGUGUGAGAAAUAUGCGGAUAGAGAAAAUUAGAGCUGACGGUCGUGUCAUGAUUGAUAUUCAAAGUUUUUCAACUAUGAACCCAGAUUAUCCAAUGGAUGAUGAUAAACCGCCAAAUAAAUGUGACAUUAAAAUGUUUAAUGAAAAGGAUACUUAUCUCAAAACGGAUGAACUCGUUAAGGACGAUAAUUAUUUCCUCGCCCCCGCUGUAGUAUAUGGUUUUAGUUUUACUGUAAAAGAAUGGGGUUUAUUCGAAAUCUCUAAAUUUUCGGAUAUCAUUUUUGACUCUGAUGCCCUCGAUCAUAUUGUAAUGCCUCAAAAGAAGAAGAAUAUGCUCGAAGGGUUAGUAAGUCAAUAUCGUGAUCCAGCCCACAUCAUUAAUUGUAAUGGUCAUGUAAAUGGCGUAAAUGGCGUAAAUGAUGUAAAUAUGCCGGAGAAAUCAUUAGAUCCCAUUACCAAUAAGGGCAAUGGUUGUAUAUUCUUAUGCUAUGGUCCACCUGGUACCGGAAAAACUUUAACAGCUCAGAGCGUAGCUGAGUAUCUAAAACUACCACUAUGGAUACUCACAGUGCGCGAACUUGGAUCAACUCCUGAAUCUCUUGAAAGAGAGUUGGUUAAGGUUCUUGAUAUUGCUUAUACAUGGAAGGCU